AUGCCAUCACAGCUCCCAUGUUGUAUGCUUCCACUCGCCAUGCUGUAUGCUUCCACUCGCCAUGCUGUAUGCUUCCACUCGCUUCCCCCUCCCCAUCCCAACCUCUCCCACCGCAUCUCCUCGCCUCCUUGCCUGCCCACCAGCCACGGCGUCGUUCAACCGUGCGUGUUUGGCAGCAGCCGUGGCGCCACUAGUCUGCUGGCGUGUCUGGCAGCCGUGACACUGCGCAGCCCGGCGCAUGCAGCUGCGGCGGUGGGGGCGGGCGUGUUGGAGGUGGCAGUGGAGGCCAUGGAGGGCCGGGGCGCCACGGCAGGCAGCCAGUGGUAG